UAGCUUGAAAAUUCCACCGUUUGUGUUCCUUCAUAAUCCCCCUUCAUCAAUUAAUUAUACCCUAAACGAUCUAAACCAAUACUAAUCUAUGAAUCUCUGCUAGCCUCCGUAACUCUACUAAGUCAACUCUGUAGAAGCAGCAGACUUUCAGUUCCUCUGAAUCCCAAAUCGACCCAAAUUUCAUAGCACCGAUCUGGUGCCUUUUCUUCUUCAGACACUCUUAAGAUUUCGCUGUUUAUGAGUCUCAAAAUCCUCUGUUCUUGAGUUUAGCUUUCAAUUAACGUUAAUCGCCAUUUUUGUCCAUCUGGGUCCCUCUGAAACUUUCGAUUUGUGCUGAGCGGGAAGCCAUGAAUGUUCGCAGAGACGGGGCGUUGAUGAGAAACUCCUCGCAAGGAUCCAUUUUCUGCAAAUCGAAGGUCGGGACUGCCAUAUCUAUCGGCGUCCUUCUUGGAUUCGUUUUUGCGUUCUUGUUCCCUGCUGGGAUCUUCAAAUCGAGCGCUCUCUCAGUUCGUGAUUCUCGCUCCGUCAAAUUCAUAACCCAGGCCGAUUCGAAUUCGUGCGAUUCAUCUGAACGGAUCGACAUGUUAAAAUCCGAGUUUAUAUCAGCAUCUGAGAAGAAUGCUCAGCUGGAAAAACAGAUCAGGGAAUUAACGGAGAAGCUUAAGUUGGCUGAGCAAGGUAAAGAUCAUGCACAGAAGCAAGUUCUUGCUUUAGGUAAACAGUCGAAAGCCGGGCCAUUCGGAACGGUUAAAGCUGUAAGAACAAAUCCACCAGUUAUCCCUGAUCAAUCUGUCAAUCUAAGAUUAGCAAAUAUAUUAGAGAAAGUUGCCGUUAAUCGAGAGCUUAUAGUCGCGGUAGCAAAUUCAAAUGUGAAGGUGAUGUUGGAACUAUGGUUUACUACCAUCAAGAAAGCAGGAAUACCUAAUUAUCUUGUGGUUGCUUUGGAUGAUGAAAUUGUUCAAUUCUGUAAAAAAAAUGAUGUUCCAGUUUAUAAGAGAGACCCUGAUGAAAAAGUUGAUUCAAUUGGAAGAACAGGAGGGAACCAUGCCGUUUCCGGGACGAAAUUCAGCAUUUUGAGGGAGUUUCUGCAGUUAGGAUAUGGUGUUUUACUAUCUGAUGUCGAUAUUGUUUACUUGCAAAAUCCUUUCGAUCAUCUUUAUCGGGAUUCAGAUGUUGAAUCCAUGACCGAUGGUCAUGACAAUGCAACUGCUUAUGGAUACAACCAUGUCUUUGAGGAACCUUCAAUGGGUUGGGCUCGAUUCGCGCACACAAUGCGUAUCUGGGUUUAUAACUCGGGCUUCUUCUAUAUUCGACCAACUAUUCCUGCAAUUGAGCUUUUAGAUCGUGUGGCUAAACGUCUUUCUCAAGAACGUAAUUCAUGGGACCAGGCUGUUUUCAAUGAGGAACUGUUUUUCCCUUCGCAUUCGAACUACGAGGGGCUUUAUGCUUCAAGAAGAACUAUGGAUUUCUAUCUUUUUAUGAAUAGCAAGGUUCUAUUCAAGACUGUAAGGAAGGAUGAUAAUCUGAAAAAGUUGAAGCCAGUCAUUGUUCAUGUGAAUUACCAUCCCGAUAAGUUUCCUCGAAUGAAAGCCGUGGUCGACUUCUACGUCAACGGGAAGCAGGAUGCUCUGAACCCGUUCCCUGACGGCUCGGAUUGGGUCACUCGUUUAGCAUAUUGAAAAUAUUACAAGUUCUUAAGGAGGAAA